AUGAUCAACACUGCAAGGACUCUAAAUUCAAUUGCUCCCUUGGCAUCAUUGUACUGUCCCAUUAUCGACGCCCCCCAACAUCUCCCCAAAUACCUCAAUAUCGACAUGCAGUCUGACUGGUAUAAAUCUGCCCUGCUUGCUUCCGCCAUUGAAACUGCCACUCUUCCUUCUCGCCUUCGCACUUACCGAGAUUUCGAGACUUCGUUGUUGGGGCACCGCGGAGGAGCACAGACUAUUUUCGAAUUACAAUCGUCGGUCAUUACUCCUGAUGCUGGUGAUAAAAGACCUCCUUGGGCGACUAAGAAAGACACAGUUCAAAAGUCUAACGAUGAGGCGAAGCUAGCCUUUGACAUCAACUUCACCACAACCCAGUCAAUGGCCGAUGACACGGCUGUUUUUACUCAGGUUCAAGUUUUCAGAGGUGAAGAACAGAAAUCAGUGAAUACCGAACCAGCAACUUUCGACGACAUUGGUUUGACACGGAAACUUCGUCUCUAUGCGUCCAAGCCCGCGGUCGAAAGAUUCACCUCAACCCUUCGGUUCCCUCUUCCGGAUAGCUAUCCGCGCAACAUGUUCAGCGGUUCUGAUGCGAAGGUAGGAGUAGAGAUGGUAGCCGCCUUGUCUACAACAUCUCGACUUGCCGAAAAACUGAGGGACUUACAAACUAUUGCAAGUAGAGGGGUGGGAGUUGACGAACGAGAGAACUUGACGAAUGGUCUGGGAGAACUGAGAGAAUUGUAUGAAAAGGACUGGAUAAGCGAGUCCGACUCGGGCGACGAUUGA